UCCAGUGAGGAGCGAGGCGAGUGGGCCACACACGGCCACAUUAACCCUGAGCUGCAGACCUGCACACACACACACACAGACUAACAAACAAGAGGACGAAUCUGUGAUCAUCCCUGCAGCCUUUCCGCGGACCGUGCCGCUCCUUUGUUGCCAUCAAUCCCCGGGCUGCAGGAGGAGAAGCUGGGCAGGACUCGCCUCCUUUAAAGCCCGAUCGGUCGGUGGCGGAAGGGACGUGAUAUGAACCCCUCAUCGGCUUAAACGGCAGUGCAGCUAAAUAGCCCCGUUUUCAGGGGGGUGGGGGUUCACCGAGGAUCAAAGAGGACAUUUAUACCUUUAACCUGCAGCUGAAGGCCGAGAGAUAUCGACGGAACCUGUAGCAAUGCCCGGGUUUGAUUACAAGUUUCUGGAAAAGCCAAAGAGACGGUUCCAGUGUCCGCUCUGCAGCAAGGCGAUGCGGGAGCCGGUCCAAGUGUCUACCUGUGGACAUCGGUUCUGUGACACCUGUCUGCAAGAAUUUCUAAGUGAGGGUGUCUUCAAGUGUCCGGAGGAUCAGCUGCCGCUGGACUAUGCCAAGAUCUACCCGGACCCGGAGCUGGAGCAGCAGAUCCUGGCGCUGCCCAUCCGCUGCAUCCACAGCGAGGAGGGCUGCCGCUGGACCGGCCAGAUGAAGCAGCUGCAGGGCCACUUCUCCACCUGCGCCUUCAAUGUGAUACCCUGCCCCAACCGCUGCUCCGUCAAGCUGACGCGCCGCGACUUGCCCGACCACCUGCAGCAUGACUGCCCCAAGCGCAAGGUCAAGUGCGAGUUCUGUGGCAGCGAGUUCACCGGUGAAGCCUACGAGAACCACCAGGGUGUGUGUCCACAGGAGAGUGUUUACUGUGAGAACAAGUGUGGGGCGAGGAUGAUGCGUCGCCUGCUGUCCCAGCACGGCAUGGCCGAGUGUCCCAAGCGCACACAGCCCUGCAAGUACUGCGGCAAGGAGUUUGUCUUUGACACAAUCCAGAACCACCAGUACCACUGCCCUCGGUUUCCUGUCCAGUGCCCAAACCAGUGCGGCACACCCAACAUCGCCCGAGAGGAUCUGGCCAACCAUGUGAAGGACAACUGCGGCAGCGCACUCGUUCUCUGCCCCUUCAAAGACGCCGGCUGCAAACACAGGUGCCCCAAACUGGCUAUCGGUCGUCACCUGGAAGACACCACUAAGUCUCACCUGACUAUGAUGUGCAACCUGGUAGGGCGUCAGCGGCAGGAGAUCCUGGAGCUGCGGAGGGAGAUGGAGGAGCUGUCCGUUAGUCACGACGGCGUCCUCAUCUGGAAGCUCAACGACUACUCCCGCAAGCUCCAGGAGGCCAAACUCCGAAGCAACCACGAGUUCUUCAGCCCGCCCUUCUACACUCACCGAUACGGCUACAAGCUGCAGGUGUCGGCCUUCCUCAACGGGAACGGCAGCGGCGAAGGCUCCCACCUGUCCGUCUACAUCCGCGUGCUGCCGGGAGAGUACGACAGCCUGCUGGAGUGGCCCUUCUCCUACAAGGUGACUUUCUCCAUCCUGGACCAGAGCGACCCGUCGCUCUCCAAACCCCAGCACAUCACCGAGACCUUCAACCCUGACCCCAACUGGAAGAACUUCCAGAAGCCCUGCAGCAGCCGCAACUCGCUGGACGAGAGCACCCUGGGCUUCGGCUACCCCAAGUUCAUCUCUCACGAGGAGAUCAAGAAGAGGAACUACAUCCGAGACAACUGCAUCUUCAUCAAGGCUUCUAUAGAGAUUCCCCAGAAGAUAAUGGCUUAAGAUCCGACCUUCGUUUUCUUUUAAUGAAGGAGAAAGAUAGGUUUAAGACUGGAACUGAUACUGAACCUUGAAAACUUCUACUCACUUACCCUUUAGAUACUUUCUGCCCUGACAGCCUCUCCACCACAGAGCUUGAAGCGAGUCUGUUUGGCUGUGUGAGCUGACUCGGAGGACCUUGAUAUAUCACAGAGGAGAAAGUGUUUGGUCUGCAGAACCAUCACUCUCUGGUGUUUCUUUUUAUUAAUUUUUUUAUCUGUUUGCUGACCUUUUAUCACAGUCUACAACAAAAAGCCUUGGAAAUCAAACAGUGCCUAGAGAGUUUAUCCUAAGUUAUAUUUUUGUUGUUAUUUCUGCAGUACAGAUGUUAAAGAUUAUGGAAAAGAUAUAAAAUUAGGGGUGAAGGGCUUCGCUAAGCCCCUGCACUUAGAGCAGAAAGUUAGAGGCUGGUUAGAGACGUCCCGUUGGGGUGAUCUGAAGAAGGGGGAGCUCAGCAGACUCAAGCUCAAGCCCAACUGCCUUUUGUUUACACGCUCAAACAGUAUACUCCCGUUGAUCCCUUAACAAACACAGAGCCCUUGGUGGGAUACUGCUUGUGAGGCUUGUGUACACACAUGAAAUCGAUGUUUUCAAUUGAGAAAGUCGCAGUGAUUUUCAUGUUUUAAGGGAGUAGUUUUUGGUUCAGUCCAGUGAGAAGAUCGAUACGACUCUCAUGUCUGUCCAAUCAAUGUGAAGCUACAAACAGCAGCCUGUUAGCUUAGCUUUGAAUCCAGGCUAGAAGAGGAGGAAACAGCUAGCCUUCACUGGUAGAAGAUUACGUCUGUAGUUCACUAAUUAAAUCCUUUUAUCUUUUUUUUUUUUUGUUUAAUUUUUUUUUAAUGACAAUUUGCUGUUUUUAGGAGAGUUAUGUACCUGGAUUUUUGUGGUUAUAACUUCCUGGAGUCUCAUUGGUUGCCAGGCUCCAAAAUGGCUAAUUGUAACAUUUCUUUUGUGCGGAUUAACCAUUCGAAGUAUAACUUUUUAAUUAGUGAGCUUUACAGGUGCUGGACGGCAAUAUUUUAACCUUUGGGUAGAGCCAGGCUAGAUGUUUCCUUCUGUUUCCUUUCUUUAUGCUAGGCUAAGCUAACUGGUUGUAGCUUCGUGUUGAAAAGAACUGUUAUAUGUGAUUAGGAAACACACUUUGUCGCUUUCUUACCAAGAGUCAGAUGAGAAGAUGGAUAGCACUUGUGUCUGUGUGAGCAUAUGCUUUUAAAGUCUUUUUGCUAGGCUAAGCUAACUAGCUGCUGGCUCUAGCCUUGCACUGAAUGGAAAGAUAUGAGAGUGGUUUCCGUAUUCUCAUCUAAGCUCUCUCUGUAAGCAAAAAAAAGGGAAUAAGCGUAUUUCCCAAAAUGCCAAGCUAUUCCUUAACUUUUGGGAUUUUAAGACCGCAUUAAAAAACAUUGUAGUUUCAGAUCUGUCUCUUCCAGCUAACGGCUCCCGUCACAGGAGCCGUCUGUAGCUUGUGUUUAUCAGUAGUUUGACGCAGUCGUAAAAAGCUUCAGGAGCCUGCAGAUGUACCAAACACACACCUCAUAGUGACCCUAUGAGGCUUUGUGUCGAUUGUCCACCAAUAGGAAGAAAAAGCACCUUUUUGGUCUUUCGUUGGAUGAGCAGAGCAGACAAAGAGGCCAGUUGUCAGAGUGCACGCCCAUUUAAUAGUGAAGGAAAAGCCAUGUGGCCUUUUUAUACAGUAUGUCUUCGCAUGAGGGUUUUAGGGGUGAGCAGGGCAACAUAACACCUGCAUGCUUCAUGUGCUACCACCUGGACCACAUUUUUGUACUGUAACCUGUAUUCUUGAAAUCCUCUCCUGUUGAUGGCUACUUUGUCUCUUUUUUUGGACCAUUUGAAAGUUGACAAAUUGUCGAAAAGAAUACGUUUAUACGUUUUUUUGUUUUGUUUUGUUUUAUAUACAGAAAAUGUGAACGCUGUAAUAUAACCUAUAAAGACAAUGAACACUUGGCUGUGAAGUGUAUUGUUUUACAUAGCCUGGGCAUGGACAGUGUACUGUUUGAAAGGAUGGUUAAUGACAAGGUCCCUGCAAAUAUGUGGGUGUCUCGGGACUGACUGCACCUUUGUUGUUACCAUGGUCACCGGUGUCUAUCUUCAGCUCGGCACACAAUGUGGCGACAAGGAGCACUUGGAGGGGUGUGAUACACCUGUCUCCAUCGCAGCACCAUCAGAGGGGUGGAGGACUUUGAUGAUGCAGUACACUCAUGAUGUAUGUGAAUACUAAUGUAAAAAUGCAGAAGCACAUUCUGUCUUUUUAUUGUUAUAUACAUGGAAAAAUUCACGAUUUCUUGUCAUAAUACCAGCUGAUAUUUUACAGUGAUUUAAAGAAGUGAGAAGAUAAAACUUUUUUGUAAGAUUCUGUAUUUUUAAAAAUACUUAGCUGUUUUAUACAAACACUUUUCGUUGGAGAAUCGGGGUUGACUUUGGGAAUUUUCAGACCCUUUCGUCUCUUGGACAUUUGGAUAAUUUGUUUGUACUUGUGGUUUGAGCCUCACAUACUCUGUCUGUAUUAUUUCCUCUUAAAAGUAUUUAUUUUAAGGAGCCGUCAUGUGAGUUUGCAUAGACGGCACAAAUGUUUUAAUAUGUUGAUUGAUGAGUGCUUGUCAAUUUCUUAAUUGAAAUAAAAUACCAUAUAUUAUA